GAGGGGAAAGAUUAUAAUAUAAAAGUGUGGCCCCCCUGUAGACAGAAGAAUAUUCGCGGUUGGACAUUUUUCUUCCUCCUCAAAGUAGUGACGAUACGUUCCAUAUCUAAAAGUUUUGCAAAAUGGCUCCAGCACGCCUCAUUGAUAAUAACAAGACCGAGGGGAGGCUCCCUGUUACCCUCCUUAGCGGAUUUCUCGGAUCGGGAAAAACCACGCUUCUCGAAAAUAUCCUCACAUCUCCCGAUCACAGUCUUCGUAUUGGUGUUAUUGUUAACGAUGUCGGCGCUCUAAACAUCGACGCCGCCCUACUAACCUCUCACGAUGUUACUCGAAAGGAAGAGCAAGUAGUGGCGAUGCAGAACGGCUGCAUCUGCUGCACCUUACGAGGAGAUCUUCUCGAAGAAGUUGCAAGGUUAGCAGAGGAGAAGCAAGUAGAGUAUCUUGUCAUCGAGAGCUCCGGGGUUAGCGAGCCGAUGCAAGUCGCCGAGACUUUCUCUGAAGAAUUUGCCGAUAUGCAUAUCGCUGCAGGAUAUGAUCUCGAGGCAGAAGAAAGCGGUGAUAAAGAGACCAAUAAGAAAUUGGCAGAGAUUCUCAAAGCUGGCGGUCUAUCUAAGGUCGCACGCCUAGAUACCUGCGUCACGCUCGUAGAUGCCGUGAACUUCAUGCAGGACUUUGCUACGGCAGACUUCUUAGUCGAUCGCCAGACGGACGUACCGGAGGAAGACGAUAGGAAUAUAUCUGACUUGCAGGUUGAUCAAGUAGAAUUUGCGGAUAUCGUUAUAGUCAACAAGUGCGACCUGGUUAGCAAGGAAGAGGUUAACCGGAUCAAGGGCGUCGUAAGCAAGCUAAACCCCAACGCCAAGGUCAUCUCCACCACGAAGUGUCGGUUGGAUGUGAAGGAAAUACUCGACACCCGCCUAUUUUCAUACGAAAAGGCAGCUCUUAGCGCCGGAUGGCUUAAGAGUUUAAACGAAGAAAUUAAUCCCGAGACGGAGGAGUACGGGAUAGGCACGUUCGUAUAUAGAGCUCGGCGUCCUUUCCACCCGGAGCGGCUCUGGAAUAUGAUUAAGAACGUAUUCGUUGUCAUUCAAACCGAGUACCAGAUAGAAGGAGAAGAUAUGGACGUGGACAGCACAGAAGGAGGCGAGGAGGACGAGGAGGAAGAGCAAGAAGACACAGAUAUGGAGGACGAGCAACCUCAACUCAAUCCUAAAGCUCGAUUAGCUUCAAAGAUGGCAGACGAGACUUUCGGACCGCUGUUGCGAUCCAAGGGGUUUUUAUGGCUAGCGACCAGGCCGAGGAUGUAUGGCGAAUGGUCGCAAGCGGGUGUGAUGUUGACCAUAUCGGGACAAGAUCUGUGGCGGUGCGAAGUUCCGGAGGACGAAUGGCCCACGGAUCCCGAGACGAGAAAAGCCAUAACCCGGGAUUUCGACGGAAAAUGGGGGGACCGAAGGCAGGAAUUGGUCUUUAUCGGUCAGCAGAUGCGAAAAGGGGGCGAAGAGCGCUUGAGAAAGGCGCUCGACGCUUGUUUGUUGAAUGACAACGAAUUCUACAGCUGGGAGGAGGCGAUGGAGUCUGACAACGCCCAGGAGAGGUUGGACGAGUUAUUUGAAGACGGGUUUGAAGAUUGGAUCGAGUCUAGCCACGAAGGCCACGAUCAUAGCGGCCACGGCCAUUAAGGCCCUAGAGAUAAAGAUAGACAGCGGCGAUGGGACACAAAUACAAAUGUAAAAUGCGGGUACCUGGCGCAGUUAACCUGUGACUUUUAAACGUAAUUCCUGAAUCAUACCGCAUAGAUAUACCCUGUAUCGUGAACUGUAACUCGUGUAUAUUUUAGAGCGGUUGUGUCUGGCGACCUUGCCAAAAAAAGAGAGAGAGAGAAGGGAUACGGCGUAGAAAU